AUGGGUUUGUGGUUUUUCUUGUUACUGCAGAGUUCUAUGAGUGUCGAAAUUAAAUGCCCACAACAUGAAAGAAAUUAUCUGUUGCAUUUCAAGGCUGCUGUUGUAGAUAACUCCAGCAAUUUACAAUCAUGGCAAGGCUUUAAUUGCUGCGAGUGGAAAGGUGUUGGCUGCAGCAGCCAUUCGGGUGGCCAUGUUACUCUACUCAAUCUGAAAGAUCAGAAACUGGGAGGCGAGAUUCACUCAUCGUUGUUCAGGCUUGAAUAUCUAAAACACUUAGAUCUCAGCCACAAUUCCUUUUCAGGAAUUCCCAUCCCUUCUGACAUUGGAAAACUCAAGAGACUCACUUUUCUUAGCUUGUUUUCUGGUGGGUUUCAAGGCAAAAUUCCUGCGACUCUGGCAAACUUGUGCAAUUUGCGCCACUUGGAGCUGAGCUCAACAGACAAUGUAGCAAAAUUGCAAAGUCCGAGUCUAUCAGUUUGGCUGAAAAGCAUGAAAAGAUUAGAACACCUCACUCUGCAUAGAGUGGAAAUUUCAAGGGCCAAAAAGUGGAACAAAGUUAUUGCCAGUCUAUCGAAUCUUAGGUAUCUGCGCUUGUCUCAUUGUGGGCUAACAGGACUGCUUCCUUCCUCUAUAAAGAAUCUCUUCCGUCUUGUUCAUCUGGAUUUGUCUUCCAACAGCUUGAUAGGGACAAUACCGUCUUCUAUAGGUCACCUUUCAGCCCUUGCUUAUCUUGAUCUUAGCACCAACCAAUUCAAUGGUACAAUUCCAUCCACAAUUUCAAGGCUUGCUAAUUUAAAAUCCCUUUUGCUCUCAUCCAACAGUUUAACAGGUUCCCUUUCGCUUUCCUUCUUUGACAAUAUGACUAUCCUUGAACAACUCGUACUUUCUCACAAUCAUUUGACUGUGAGUAUCUCGUCCACAUGGAUACCCACUUUUAAGAAGCUGUCGAGUCUUGGAUUGGCUUCUUGUCAGUUGGCCAAAUUUCCUUCCUUUCUUGUUGGACAAUAUUAUAUGUCUGAGCUGGAUUUAUCUGGUAACAGUAUGGCAGGAAAUAUCCCGGCAUGGAUAUGGGAGCUUCCUAUGCUUUCUCGUUUAAACCUUUCCUCUAGCAAAUUAACUGGAAGAUUACCAUGGAAGCUUGAAGCCAGGAGGCUGAGGUAUUUGGAUUUGAAAAAUAACAGCUUGGAGGGUACUCUUCCUCUGCCACCUGAUGGUGUUUUACAUCUAGACAUGUCAGAUAAUCAGUUUACAGCUUCAAUUCCUGCUGAUAUUGCUACAUAUCUUCAAUCAACAAGGGUUUUUUCUAUCUCGGGGAAUAAUAUCAGCGGUAGAAUCCCUGACUCUAUCUGCACCAAAAGUAUGCUUGUGCUUGACUUGUCAGGCAACAUGCUAAGCAGUAUAAUUCCUGAUAAUUUUACAGCAAACUGCUCGGAUAUAAAAGUUUUGAAUCUGGGUCGAAACAAGCUGAAGGGUCAUAUUCCAGAAUUGGGAAAGCUCACAAAACUGCUGACGUUAGGUCUGAAUUGUAAUCACUUGCAAGGGGCUAUUGUAUCAUCCAUAGCAAAUUGCGUUUCUCUCCAAGUUUUGAAUUUGGGAAUAAAUGAUUUGAAUGGCACCAUUCCCUCAUGGAUUGGGAAUUUAUCAAAACUGCAGGUUUUGAUGUUAAACUCCAAUAAAUUUCAGGGCUCUAUUCCUCCCCUAAUUUUUGCUCUCAAGCAACUCCAAAUAGUAGACCUUUCUCAGAACAAUUUUUCAGGUUCUAUACCAAUCAGCGCUACAAGUUUACAGGCAAUGGUCAAUGCAUCACAGAUUAAUUCAAUGCAGGUUGGAUACCAGGUUUCAAAGGAUUUUUAUUAUAAGAAUGAGGUAAGGCUUUACACAAAAGACCACUGUUUUAAAUAUGGGAUCCUCCUUACAAUUUUCAAGUUUAUGGAUCUGUCAAGCAACAAUUUAUCGGGCAAGAUUCCCCAGGAAAUUGGGUCCUUCCAUGGUCUGAAAGGUCUUAAUCUUUCAAGAAAUCAUCUCAUCGGCAAGAUUCCAGAAACAUUCGGAGGCAUGGAUCAACUGGAGUCUCUAGAUCUUUCACUAAACAAUUUGAGUGGACAAAUUCCUUUGGAACUUCAAUCUCUCACUUACUUGGAAGUCUUUAAUGUCUCUUACAACAGGCUUGAGGGAAAAGUACCUCAUGGAGGGCAGUUUUUGACCUUUGAGGAGAACUCUUUCUUGGGCAAUACCCAUCUAUGUGACAUUCCCUUCACCAAAAAUACUCAUAACAUUUCUUCUUCAAAUGGUGGUGGUGAAGAGGCAGCUGAAGAACUGGAAGGGGACCCAGAUGCUCAGAUGGAAUAUUGGGGACCAGAGGCCAAUGGCCGCCUACCAUGUGGUGGACGCGGUCCUCUGGUCUGGUUGUUCAUCGACGGAGCAGGCACUACCGGCGGUGCUGGUCGGACGGGCAUGGCGAGAAGUGGCGUGGCCCAAGGAACGGCGCUGCCUGGAGGCGACAGUCGGUGGCGCUGCCUGGAGGAUCGGGUGGAGAGGAGUCGGCGCGGCAACGGCGGCGGCGGGACCAGAGAGGAUGUCGGAGCUCGAGGUUCGGCGGAGAUGGCAUGGUUGUCGGCGGCGGCAGAAUGCAACAAUUUAUCGGGCAAUAUUCCUAAGGAAAUUGGGUCCUUCCAUGGUUUGAAAGGUCUUAAUCUUUCUAGAUAUCAUCUCAUCAGCAAGAUUCCAGAAACAUUCAAAGGCAUGGAUCAACUAGAAUCUCUAGAUCUUUCACUAAACAAUUUGAAUGAAAAAAAAAUUUUGGAACUUCAAUUUCUCACUUACUUGGAAGUCUUUAAUGUCUCUUACAACAGGCUUGAGGGAAAAGUACCUCAUGGAGGGCAGUUUUUGACCUUUGAGGAGAACUCUUUUUUGGGCAAUAUCCAUCUAUGUGACAUUCCCUUCACCAACAACUGUAACAUUUUUUCUUUAAGUGGAGAUGAUGAAGAGGCAACUGAAGAACUAGAAGGGGACCCAGAUGCUGAGAUGGAAUAUUGGGGACGCUAUGGGUUAGGGUUCUUCAUUGUUAUUGGAUUUAUCUUAUUCAGUUUUAAUGUGAGGAAGGCUCUCUUUCAUUUGUAUGAUGGUAUCGUUUUGGCUAUGUUUCAGCGUGGAUAG